AUGAACAAGGACAAUACGAAAGGAAGAAAACGAGAAAGCGGUAAUGAUGGUGAUUUGCCCGCCAGCAAAAAACACAGAGGCGACAACUGGACUCAAGAGGACACGAACUUGCUGUGUAAUUUGUUGGUAAAAUUUGGUCAAAAAAUAAUUCUGAACAAAGAGACUAAUGGCGCAACUAACGACAUCAAAAAAAGAGAGUGGAGCAUAAUUCGCUCACAUUUCAAUACAGACCCAAAGAUAAAGACCCAAAGAGAAGUUCCUGCACUAAUUGGAAGGCAUAAGAAAAUUGUAACGGCAUUGCGUCAGUUUACUACUUGUGCAAAACAAAGUGCGCUGCAAAGUGGUGGGGGACCGGCCAAUACACCACCCGUGCUGAAAAUUGAAAUGACUGGCGAAGUACUUCAAUUGAAAAAUUAUUACGGUCAUUUGCUCACAGGGUUGGAAUCUUUUGAUUCUGAUGCAAUGCCAACAGAUUUCGGCCAAAUGCCUCCAAUUGUUGCUGACAGGAGUCAAAUUUUAUUUCGGCAAUCAGCAAAGGGUAGUGCACUACCUAUUCCCGUAGUGAAGAAACAAUGUCGUGAUAAGCGGUACUUGCGACCGAGAACGACGCCAACGAGGAAAAAAGCAUCAACGGGCCACCUGCAGCAAGAACAGCAGCACCAAAUACAACAACAAUCGACAUUGAUGACUGGAAGUGGUGCGAUAUGGCGAGCUGUGAUCCUGUGCUGA